UUUCAAUCGGAUAAAAAAUUGUACUAGUAUCUGAUACAGGGUUAAUGAAGCAAUACGAUGGUUAGACGUCAUGCUAACCAUUGUAUAGUAUAACAGCGAUGAGGAAUAUGGAUAAGUCGACAGUUGACAGAAAUGCCUGGAGGAGGAACCGGGUAGUGUUCGGUGUGGCUACAUGAAGGCUCUCUCUCACACAGCCUCAGGAAAUUUUUACCAUGCUGUCAAGGCAGCAACCAAGGUCAUGGUUCAACACACUACUGUCCUGAAAGCCAGUCCUGAGUUUUUAAGAGCACAUUAUUUAAGAGAAUAUGCGCGAUACUUGCACAACAAUCUUGAUCAGCCAUUAGAAAAUGUUGACAUCGACAAAGAUUUUCCAGACGAAUACCGAGACCACUGGUUGAAAAACCUGCCUUUUGAAUUUCAGGAAAAUUAUAAAGAACAGCCUGGAAUACAGCCACAUAUAAAAGAUGUAGAUGAGUUAAUGCUGGGGGAUUAUUCACGGGCCGUACAGAGUCUGAUCUGCAAGGCCCACAAGAUUGGGUGGUUGAUGCAGGUCAACACAGACGGAUACACACCAAACAGACGGCUAAACCUUGCCAUGGGGCUCUCAUCUAUACAUAUUGCUCAGUUAUAUGAGGCCAAAUGGAGAGGACUAAGACAAAAUAAACCUGUUGGUAACCAACAUAUGUGGCGAGAUAUGUUUGACAUUGCUGUGCGAUAUCGUCGACUGAUUGACCCAGAACAGCCGGUAUUGUGGCUCGAUAAACUCCCCGACCAUAUACACAAAGAUGGAUAUAAAAAUGUUCUCACACUUGUUAAAGGUUCCAUCCACAAUAUAAAGACAAUGCCAUAUUUCAACCUGGUGUUUAAAUUGUUAAAAACAAUGCUGGAACAUUAUUCUGACUCUGGUGAGAAAAAGAAGUCCCACCAGACAAGCGCUAAGGAUGAGAUAGAGAAUGCGGAGACUUGCGAGGAUCUGCUGGAGGUGACAAAGGUUAAUGCGCACAAUACUGGUUUGUUCACUUGCACACCCAAGGAUACGUCACAGCACCAGCAGACAGACCAAAGUGGGUUUGUGGUAUCAACACAGGUACCAAGUAUGAGGAAACGGUCAGAAAAGGAUCGGCUUGAAGGGGCCAUGCUGGUACUUACUGAUGAUGUUGAGAAGCAGACAUUAUUCACUAUAGAGGUAGCCAACACCCGGCCCCGGACAGCGGACUACCACGCCGAGCUGGACUACAUCUAUAACCAGCUUCAGGAUGAAAUACGGCGGACUGGAUCCAGUAAAGUCUCUGAGAUGGAUCCAGUGAUCAACAUUAUACUGUCCAUGUCGUACUACUUCUACAACCUGAUGCCCUUAUCUCGGGGAUCUAGUGUUGUGGCCUAUUCAGUGGCCCUUGGUCUAAUAAUGUCUGUGGGUCGGCAGGUCACAGGGAAACUUCCUACUAGCAAGUUGCUAGAGAUGGAGGCUAUGUUAUCUGGGGCCCCUGACGCCUUUAUAAUGGUAACCAAACAGUGGAUGAACAUUAAACGAUUGGCAUCCCCCAUGUCCGGACUGCCGACGGUGUGGGAGACGUUCCCUACCGUGAGAAGUGCCCUCGAGGUUCUCAACGUCAACACCGACUCGUGCUCAUAACCUACUCGCUCAACGAACAUCAACGUCAACACUGACUCAUGCUCAUAACCUACACGCUCAACGAACAUCAACUCAACUCAACUCGACUUUAAAUAAUGGCAACCAACAGAUUCCACACACUGUAUUUUCAAACAUGUCCAAUCAAGUUUCUUUGCAUGACAGAAGCGAAUUUGAUUCUUAAAAUAUAUCCAAUCAGUUACCUCUGUGGCUUCUAUAAACGCACACUUAAAAUAGUUCAUUAAAUCAAACACAUUCAUUAGAUGUUAUUUUUGAUGCUGACAAUAAGUUAUACUGAAUUUGUUACAACUGCAAAAAUCUAAGGAUUUCUUAUUUCGUUAUUCGUGCGAGUGUUUUAUAAUCUUGCAGUGGCUUCAAAUAUGGUAGGAUGCAAUUUUCUCAAACCACCAUUUUCUUUUGACAAAAAAUCAAGAUGUGUUUUUGACUAAUGUUAGAUAUUGACAGUCGUACAAGAGUCUCCAUUUAAUAAGGAAGAAGUAUGAAAACAGGUUAGGAAAGGAUAUAAAGUGAGCCUUUGGUGACCUUUAAAACUUAUCCGUAAAGAUUCUUUUUAUCACAUGCCACCUAAACUACAAAAAUGAAGAUAUUACUGAUUUGUAUGUGAAAUGUUUGCCUAUGAAGUAGUUGGGCGAAAUUAUUUCAACGUCUUUGUAAAGAAUAAGUUACGUAAUGGUUGUAUUACAUUCACAUGUAAUAAACAAACACAUACGCGUAUAUAUCUCAUACAUGUACAGGUAAAUAUCACAUAUAUGUUCAUGUAGUAUUAUGAUCGUUUUUUAAAACUAAAAUGUUUUAAAUUGUACAUGUUGAGUUUUUGGCACCUUUGUUUUGUUUAAGUUUUUUCUCUUCACUGCAAAUUAAUUUGUUAAUUAGAGUUUGUGUUAUUUUUAAAACCCAAAGAUAUCUUUAUUAACAAAAACAUGUCUUUGUAAGUAUAAAGCAUUAAAUAAUGUGGCGCCUGCGAAACAUGGAAGUCAUGGUGGAUGCUUUGUCCGGCGUCGUCGUCCGAUUCAUUAUCAGAGUAUCGUUUCAUAUCAAUUACUUUUAAACUAUAUGGUAUACAGUAUUCAACCUUGGUGCGCAGUGAAGGUCAGUAUACGACCCCUAUUGAUUUUGGACUCAAAAGAUUAAGGUUGCGGUGGCCUUUACUACAAUUAGUUUACGGUCAAUAACGUUUAAAGACGGUGUGCAAUUUUAAAUUCGGUAUGCUCAUUGUUCAUGGUCAGUAGAUGACACCUUAUUUUGUACUGGAUAGAUCAAGGUCACAGCGACCAUAAAUAUAACUAAAUGUAAGGUCAUUGUUCAUGGUCAUUAGAUAACAUAUAUUGAUUAUGUGGUCAAUAAAUUAACAUGGUUGACUUGAUUAGUAAAUAUAUCGGGCACACCUGACAGACGACACAUCCGAUUCCCGGAAUUCUAUUUUAUUUUGUUAACAUCAAGGUAACAUUACAAUUAUGUCUGUGUGAAGUUUAUUUUUUUAUUAUCCAAAGAAUUAUUGUGUACGAUUGGUCCGGUUAUGUUAUUCGUAUUACUUAAAGAGUGUACUCAGGUUGAGUGUCUUAUUAAGUUUUGUUCAUCUAUGCAAAACUUUUAUUCUUUGUUACUACCUUUUUUAUCGACAA